AUGGCAGGCGUGAACCAGACUCAGGUGACGGAGUUCGUGCUCCUGGGCUUUUCCCACGCCCGGCCUUUCCUCUUCGUUCUCCUCCUGGCCGUUUACGUGGCCACGCUGCUGGGGAAUUCCGCAAUCCUCGCCCUCGUGUCCCUGGACCGCCACCUGCGCCGCCCCAUGUACUUCUUCCUCGGCCACCUGUCCUGCCUGGACCUUUGCUACUCGUCGGUGACGGUGCCCAAGAUCCUGGCGAACGCCCUGCGCCCGCAGGCCACCAUCUCCUACCGGGGGUGCCUGGCCCAGAUGUUCUUCCUGAUGGGGUGCGCGGGGGCCGAGUGUGCCCUGCUGGCCGUCAUGGCCUACGACCGCUACGUGGCCAUCUGCCGGCCCCUGCGCUACGCCCAGGCCAUGAGCCGCGGGGUCUGCGUGGCCACCGCCACCGGCUGCUGGCUCUGGGGGCUGCUGGACUCGGCCCUGCACACCCUCCUGGCCGCCCGGCUCUCCUUCUGCGGGGCCCCCCGGCUCCGGCACAUCUUCUGCGACGUGCCCCCGCUGCUGGGGGCCGCCUGCAGCGACACCCGGCCCAACCAGCUGGCUCUGCACUUGGCCAGCGUCUUCGUGGGCCUCAGCCCCUUCCUGCUGGUCGUCGUCUCCUACCUGCGCAUCCUGGCCGCCGUCCUCGGGAUGCCGCUGGCCACCAGCCGGCGCAAGGCCCUCUCCACCUGCUCUGCCCACCUGCUGGUGGUCGCCCUGUACUUCGUGACGGCCAACCUGAACUACAACCGGCCCAGCUCCGGCUACUCGCCGGCGGCCGACGCGCUGGUGUCGGCGCUGUACUGCAUCGUCACGCCCGCGCUGAACCCCCUCAUCUACAGCCUCCGCAACCGGGAGGUGCUGGGGGCACUGAGGAGGGCUGUGCGGGCACGGGGCACGCCGGGCUCCCCUGGCAGCGACGCCUGA